GUCGUUGUUCGCUGUUCCCGGACGUUUCACGCGGGAAAAGGGGGAGCUGAGAGAGCAGAGAUGGGAGACACACUGGAGUUCAAUGAGAUCUAUCAGGAGGUGAAAGGAUGCUGGAAUGAUGGUCGGUUGAGGUUCAGCAAACAGUCUGUGGUCUACAAAAGCAGUAAGACGGGAAAAGUGGACAGCAUCUCUGCCCCUGAUCUGUCUCUCGCACAGUGGCGGCGCGUCUGUCUCGGACACGGAAUCAAACUGGCUACGAGCACUGGUCAUGUUUACAAAUACGACGGCUUCAAGGACACGGACUUUGACAAAAUCUCGGCGUUUUUUAAGGCCAACUACAAAGUCGAGCUGACGGAAAAGGACAUGUGCGUCAAAGGCUGGAACUGGGGGACGGCAAAAUUCUCAGGGCCGUUGCUCUCGUUUGACAUUAACGAAAGCCCGGCGUUCGAGAUCCCCCUGGCUAGCGUGUCCCAAUGCACCACGGGCAAGAACGAGGUCACGGUGGAGUUCCACCAGAACGACGACGCGGAAGUGUCGCUCAUGGAGGUCCGCUUUUACGUCCCGCCCACCACCGGAGACGACGGCACGGACCCUGUAGAGGUCUUUUCCCAGAAUAUUCUCUCUCAAGCAGAUGUUAUUCAGGCUACUGGAGAUGCUGUGUGUAUCUUCAAAGAACUGCAGUGCCUUACACCCAGAGGAAGGUACGAUAUCCGUAUCUAUCCCACAUUCCUACACCUGCACGGUAAGACGUUUGACUAUAAGAUCCCCUACACUACCGUCCUGCGUCUCUUCCUGCUGCCACACAAAGACCAGAGGCAGAUGUUCUUUGUGAUCAGCUUGGAUCCACCCAUUAAGCAGGGCCAGACACGAUAUCAUUUCCUCAUCCUCCUUUUCUCCAAAGAUGAAGACGUUAACCUCACGCUCAGCAUGAGCGAGGAGGAGGUGGAGAGGCGCUUUGAGGGAAAGCUGAACAAGCACAUGUCCGGCUCUCUGUACGAGAUGGUCAGCAGGGUCAUGAAGGCCCUGGUCAACAGAAAGAUCACAGUGCCUGGAAAUUUUCAGGGUCAUUCAGGUGCUCAGUGCAUCACGUGCUCGUACAAGGCCACGUCAGGGCUGCUGUAUCCUCUGGAGAGGGGCUUCAUUUACGUCCACAAGCCCCCGGUGCACCUGCGCUUUGAGGAGAUCUCCUGCGUGAACUUCGCUCGAGGCACCACCACGACACGCUCCUUCGACUUCGAGAUCGAGACCAAGCAGGGCAACCAGUACACCUUCAGCAGCAUCGAGAGAGAGGAAUACGGCAAGCUGUUUGACUUCGUUAAUGCCAAGAAGCUCAGCAUCAAGAACAGAGGCUUGAAGGAGGACAUAAAGACGACCGGCGGCUACAGCGACUCCGACGAAGAUGAGCACGAUGCUUAUCUGGAGAGGAUGAAGGAGGAGGGUAAAAUCAGAGAAGAGGGAGACGAGUCCGAGGGAGACAGCGACGAAUCCUUCAAUCCUGGCGAGGAAGAUGAUGAUAUCGCUGAAGAAUAUGACAGUAACGCCUCGGCGAGCGACAGCGAGGGAGGAGAUGAUGAUGAUGAUGAUAGUGAGGGUGAAGGGAAGAAAAAGAAAGUUGAAAAGAAGCCCAAGAAACCGGUGAAAGAGAAAAAGGAGAGAAAACCACGCAAAGAGAAAAAGGUGAAGGACGCUGGAGCUCCUAAGAGGCCAAUGAGCGCCUACAUGCUGUGGUUGAACGCCAACAGGGAACGAAUCAAGUCCGAGAACCCGGGAAUCUCAGUCACGGAGAUCUCCAAGAAAGCUGGAGAGAUGUGGAAGCAGAUCGACAAAAGCCGCAAAGAGGAGUGGGAUAAGAAGGCGGAAGAAGCUAAACGGCAAUACGACAGAGCGAUGAAGGAAUAUAAAGAAAGCGGCGGAGGAGCUUCAUCAUCUGCCGUCAAAGAAAAGAAGAAGAAAGGUGGAAAAGCAGACGAGAAGAAAAGGAAGAGCGCAGGAGAAAAGGAGCGAGACAGAGGUGGAAACGAGAGUUUUAAGAGCAAAGAGUUCAUUUCCAGCGAGGAGAGUUCAUCUGAUUCCGAUCGCGGCAAAAGUAAAAAGCGCAAGGCUGAUGAAGAUGAUGACGAUGAGGAGGAAGUUGCCUCUACACCCCCCAGCUCGGAGGAGGAGUCCGGCUCUGACUAAAGGCGCACACGUCCGCUGGGGUUCUGAGAACGUGACCUGCCCCUCAGGAUAAACUACCAAACUACACACCGUGUUUUCACUGAACGUUAUCGAGCAAGCGGUGCUGAGAAACAAAAUAAAAAUUGGCUAAAACACAAUCUAGAUGAUUGGACCACAUAUUUACAGCUAACGCAUUAAUCCAUACGUUAGCUAGCAAGCUUUUAGAGUCUGGGCAAGCAUUAGAAAGAAAUGUUUUACACAAAAACAAGUUUUGUGAGAAUCAUUGCUUUUACAGAGAUAUCAUCAAUAUUUUUGUUUUCUAUUUCUAAAUUAAAUUCACAGGAUUUCCUUUUUUUUUUUUUGACGUUCAGGGAAAACGGUGCAGUCUUUCAUGCUGAAUGUCAGCAAUGUUUCAGACCACCACUGUUAUUUUAGGAAAUUUCUAUUUUAUUCUUUUUCCUAAAUAUUUUCUCAGGCAUCGCAGUCACCCAUAAAACACACAUGUACACACACUGACCGAUCUUUGGACCAAUUUUUUUUUCUGCCUCCUCAAGCACUGGUGUAGAUUCUCUAUAUGGUGAACGGAGACCAUGGAGAGGGGAGGACUGUUUUUUGACUUUCAUUUAUGUCGAAGUUUGGUUUCUGAUGGCAACAAUGCAACUAGAGCUCUUUACUAUCUCUUCUCCUAUUUGUAGAAACUUUGAUUAAAAGGAAGAAAAAAAAUCAGGGAUCAUUAGCGUUAUCUUGUGUUUUUGUUUCCCUACACUUUUACAAGAACCUGUACUGCAGUUUGAUUUGAAUAUAUGGAUGUUACGUUUUGUCGCAAUAUCAAUAAAUGUUUUGUAAUAAACUUGGCGUGUGUUGGAUGAGCUUGUAAGACUCAAAAUCCCAAUAAGAAGCAGUUUAUACACUCCCAGGAUAAAGAUCAUUAAUCUCGGGUUGGUAUUCCAGUCUUCUGGUGUCUUUUCAUCCGUCACACCAGAGAUGGUUUUUAAAAACUAUUGAAUAUUUUUUUGCAGCUUUAAUUGAUCAAAUUCCAGGAGUUUACAAGUUCAUACACACUAAACUGACUUUUGUAUUUGACAUGCGUCGAUAAUAUUCUAGAAUUUACAUUGUUUUUGUUUUUUUACUAUGGAGCAUGACUAUAUAAAAUAAAUGUCAUUAACUAAGUGAAACAA